AUGGUCCCCGCCGUAAAGCAAUUCACUAAGGAGCACUCGAAGAAAUGGAGUGCAGCCAUUGCUUCCUUCCAGGGAUACAUCUUCGUCAUACCUGAGUAUAACCUUGGGCUUGCCGGUGGAACGAAGAAUGCAAUCGAUUAUCUGUACAGCGAGUGGCCUGGAAAGCCCGUUGGGAUCAUCAGUUAUGGCGCCAAGGGUGGGAGCAACGCCUCCCAGCAGCUUAGUGAGAGUUUACGGGUGGUUAUGAAGAUGGAGGUGAUGCCUACUAAAGUGUUACUGCCCUUCGCUCCGGGGUCGGAUGUGCUUUCUGCCUCAAAUGAGGGUACUUUGGGAGAGGAUUCGCGCAAGUCUUGGGAAGCUGAUGGGAAGAAGGAGCAGGUGCUUCAGGUGUGGGAGGAGUUGAAGAAUGCCCUGGAGUAG